AUGAACGAUCUCAACACUACUUCUCUGUUAGCUAUUCUUUCACUAUCACAAACAAUUCCAAAAUAUUUAUUUUCUGUUGGCGGACCAAUUUUGAUACUCGUUGGUACGAUCAAUUCUUUAUUCAAUGUACUCGUGCUCGAACAAAAGAAAUUGCGUAAAAACCCUUGUUCCAGAUGCUUUGUAGCAUUUAAUAUCGCCAGUUUCCUUCUGCUUUACCUAUCCUUCCUUCCAACCAUACUUCAAAUCGGUUAUAACAUCGAACCAGGCGCAUACAACUUACCCUACUGUCGUAUUAGAGUUUAUUUAAGUUUUCUACUCGCCAUCUUACCACCAUUUUACCUCAUCUUGGCGUCCGUCGACCGAACACUAGUCACAUCAGCCAGUGCUCAAGUCAGAAAAUGGAGCAAUCGAUCAACUAUUCGCAAGUGUCUGUUUGAUAUUAUUCAAGUUACAACCGAUACUUUUGUUUGCUUUCCUAAAUUGGGUAUCUACUCGGUUUUGGUGAGUUAUUAUACGUUCGUGGUGCAUGGGGUGAUUCCAUUUGUUUCAUUAUCGAUCUUCGCCGCGCUAACAAUACGAAAUUUACACCAUAGACCGCAUCAUAAUAUGGAUGCAUCGAGUUUGAGAACGAUACAUCCAUCACAUCGCCAAGAUAAACAACUUAUUCGCAUGUUAUUUAUUGAAAUACUGACAUGUGUCAUGUUCAAUUUCGUUUUUCCCGGUGUAUUUCUCUACAUAGAAACUACUCAAUACCAGAACAAAUCUCACGAACGUGACGUAGUUGAACAUCUCCUUCUAUCAAUAUCGAUAUUUAUUUUCUAUGUGCCAUCUUGUACGAGUCUGUAUACGAAUUUGAUUGUAUCAAAAAGUUUUCGUAAACGAACGAAACAUAUAAUUCUUCGAAAACUAGUUAACAAUAGAAUUCGACCGGAUUAG